GUGUGUGUGUGAAAUCCUUGGUAACUUACCCUACCCUACCCUACCUUACCUGUGUUUUUGAACUGUUACAGGUGAGACAUUUGUUAAUGAGUGUUGCCUUCAUCGCCUCCGUCGUCUCUGCUGUUCCUCAAUUUGGUAUACAAGACUUACUCCUUCCUCAAGGCCCUUACCAGCCCUCAGGCCCUUACCAGCCCUCAGACCCUUACCAGCCCUCAGACCUUUUCCAAUCCUCCCGCGUCGACCCUUCUCACCUCACUGGACUUUAUGAGGCGCCCUUAGUACCACCACCUGCACCAUCUGGACUGUAUGAGGCGCCCUUAGUACCACCACCUGCACCAUCUGGACUAUAUGAGGCGCCCUUAGUACCACCACCUGCACCAUCUGGACUGUAUGAGGCGGCCUUAGUACCACCACCUGCACCAUCUGGACUGUAUGAGGCGCCCUUAGUACCACCACCUGCACCAUCUGGACUGUAUGAGGCGCCCUUAGUACCACCACCUGCACCAUCUGGCUUGGAUAAAACCCCAGUAUCACCAUUUACACCAUCUGGCUUGUACGAUACUCCCUCAGCACCAUCUGCACCAGCUGGUUCCUUCCUGGCACCAUCUGAACUCAUUCCCUCACCAUCUGAACCCGGGGAUCUCCUCCAAACACCAUCUGACGUCGUCCAGGAGGUGUCGUCACCAUCUCAACCAUCUGCCACCAUCCAGGCUUCCCCACGACCAUCUGACACCAUCCAGGCUCCCUCACGACCAUCUGACACCAUCCAGGCUCCCUCACGACCAUCUGACACCAUCCAGGCUCCCUCACGACCAUCUGACACCAUCCAGGCUCCCUCACGACCAUCUGACACCAUCCAGGCUCCCUCACGACCAUCUGACACCAUCCAGGCUCCCUCACGACCAUCUGACCUUCAGGCACCGUCAGGAGGGAACGAGGUGUCGCUGGCGUCAGAGCCGAGUCUCCAGGCGGCAGCGCAAAACCUACAACCCAACGUGGCGAGACCCAUGGAAGGGAUGCCUUAUGACUUCCAGUGGGGAGUGGCUGACCAGGGCAGUGGUGUAGCCUUCAGUCACGUAGAGAACAGUGACGGCAGCACCACCCAGGGGGAGUACCGCGUCCUGCUGCCCGAUGGUCGUACUCAGGUUGUGAGAUUCUACGACGCGGGUGAAGGCUAUCAAGCAGAAGUCACUUAUGAGAAGUAAAUUUCAUCCUCUCUCCUCUCUCCUCACUCUACCUCAUCUACCUGUUGUAGUGCUAAUAUCUACCUGCACACCUACGCAGGGAGGGAUAUACCACGGUUGCCAUAUGUAUAGGUGUAUAUACUGGGUUUUGUAUCGCAUUUAUUGAUAAUCUUGUGGAGUUAUCGAUGGCUUCUGAGUGUGGAUGGAGUGUUUGUUUAGUGUUAGUGACGUCACGCAUGGUGCCACGUCUACAGUCACUUAUUUCAUCAUCUGCUUCUAUGACAUUCCUCGACGCCAUGACGGAUAAACUUGAGGCUUUACAACAUAUUUAAGGACAUUGUAGUUGAAUAUAAUAUUUUAAACUUCCCAGCGUUUGUCCAAUCGAUUAUUCGCGGGUUAAUGUAAUAGUAAACAUGACCCCUUCUCAGAUAAGUCCAGAACGUGUUGUGAAAAAAGCUGUUUUGGUCUCAGCUUAAUGUUGUGGACGUCUGUUGAAAGCUUAAAUCUGUGUAUCCUGUUGUAUCAUGACCAUCUUGACCAUCCUGCGGUGUUGUGGUGAGCGGAGUCUUCAGGAUACAUCUCUUGUAUCAUGUUAAAGGAACUCGACCGUAUCCCUCAAAUAUCCUGCGGUGGCGCCAGUAGUCAUGAUAUGUUCAGCCUCCUCAAGUCGUCCUCGUAAUUCAAGUUUCUUGGCUCAAAGAUCAGGUUCACGGUCCGGUCUUUAUAGUUCUCAGUUACAUGUGGUCGAACUUGGGCCUUGUAUGGCCAUCUGAGGUCAUCUACAGCCAGGUGGAUGAACGACACUAACCAUCUGUGUGUUGGUUACGUCACGUGAUGGUCUUUAGUUUGUGAUAUAGUUAAUGUUGUGACUAACUCGAGUGUAGACACAAGUACACACGUGAUAACAACAACAAAAUACAGUCACAAACACACAUACUAAGCAGAUGAAAAAUGAAAACAAGUACAAAUAUAUUUCCAACAUACACACAACCACACAUGUAUACAUAACCACAUACAUACACACAAACAUUCAUAGACAUAUACUUAAUCAGUCAUAAACACACAUAUACACGUAUACAAACAGAGAGACGGAUAAAAACACAAACUGUCAAUUGUAUAUUAUUUCUAGUAUGAUGAAAGUUAUAAAUAGUAUUGUACAUAUUCUUCUGUGUAACAUAUGUGAGAGUUGGUCCCAUACUGCCCGUUAGGGACGGUGUGGAUACAGCACACUGUACAGUACACUAAGCCUUCGAUACACAAGGAGGCAACAUGGCCGGUACUGCACUCGACCGCCUUCACUUCCCCAACUGUAAAAUUAGGUACCCAUUUCCAGCUGGAUGGAUUGGGAGUGCCCCCGGCCUCGAACUAGUGACCCUUAGGAUAGGAGGCGAGUGUUGUAUUCACUCGGCCGCCGCACGUAUGUUUACCUCGGACAAUAAAC